AGCUUGCCAUUCAGACAGCAUGUAUUUCAACAUUACUCUAUAUAUUCUGUCUAUAUACUUCAGUGUAAUGUGUGGUCAAAUGACAACUAGUGCCACAGACACUGACUCGGACCUGUCCGCUAGACUGUCGAUGUUGGAGAGAACUAUGGGAAGAAUUCUUACCUGGAAAGACCAGGUGAACUUGACAAACAACAGAACAACUCGAGGCAUUCCUGUUUUCAACAACACACCGGUUGCCUUUUCUGCUCGGUUCAAAAAUGACCAAGGGGGUAUAAGUGUAGGAUUCAUUUUGAAGUUUGAUGUUGUAAUCACUAACCUCGGAAACCACUACAACCCGACUGAUGGAAUCUUCGUCGCACCUGUUCACGGAGUGUACAUGUUCUACUGGACCAUGCAAUGCUACUAUAGUGGAAGUACGCAUUGCGGCACCGCCCUCAAAAUAAAUAAUGUUAUGAAAGGAAGAAUACGAUCAGCAGACGCUAAUGGUGGUUAUUACCAUACUGGGUCCAACUCGGUGAUUGUAGAGGUAGCUGCAGGAAGUCAUGUAUGGAUUGAAAAUGUUGACUGGUCUAGCGUCGACAUGUACGAGUACUCAUCCUUCGGAGGAUCUCUCCUACUAAUUCUAUAGUAGUUCAAGCCGAAGUGCCCUAUAUGGAUCCAACAUAUUUUAAGAAGGCUGGGUGUUUGUGGUCAUUUCUAGACAAUAUUGAUCUCUUUUAGAAGAAAAGCUCCUUAUAAAGAUAUACAAAAAUGAUCAAAUUUAAAAAUUAAAAUACAUUAAAUUUUUCUUUGCCAAAAAUAGCUGACAGUUCAAGAUAUUAUAUCUAAAAAAUCCAGUUAUACCUGACGGUUAAUUUGUCGACACCCCCAGCCUCCUUAAAACAAAUAUUAAAAUACAAGAAACAUUUUUAAGAAAUCAAUAAUAAAUGUAAUGCCUAUCUUCUUUGUCUUUCGUAUAUAAAAAGGACGUAUUUUUUGUCUAA